AAACUCGGGCCUGGGGUAUUUAAACACCCUAACAACCAGAGGGAGACCUCGACGACACUCUCUACCGACUCAACUCUGGGAUAUUUCCUGUUGUUGGAAGAAUGUGGAAGGUAUAUAUGGAGCGUAUGUGGGGCAGUAUGACACCUAUUCCACGACAUACUUUCUAUUUUUCUUCCCACCACGGGAAAUAUGCCGGAGAUGAAUGUUUAGAAGCUACAUGUCCUUUCAUCUCUGAACAUACAAGCUUCACCUGGACUCCCUCGGCACUGCGCCGCUGUCUCCCCGAAGCUAGGGAUGGAGGAGCGUACCCUAUUCCGCGGCCAGGCACCCGGGGAGGCCGCCCCUGCUCGCCCCUCCGCCUCUCAGGCGGUGGGGGACGAGGCUGCUGCUAAAGUUGGUGAGCCGUCGCAGCCCUGUUCGUUUCUAAAUCUCUCUCGAUCCAGGAUUCAUGUAUUAUCAAAGAAGAGUUGUCUCCCAUGCAGUUCAAAGGAUUUACAAGCCAUGUCAGAGGAUUCUGCUAAAAGGGCAUGGAAGGUGAAGAAGUUUGCGAAAGGGCUUGACUUCUUUCAGCUUGUUGCUGCUGUUGCCGAGGAACAAGGUCACCACCCAGAUCUUCACCUUGUUGGUUGGAAUAAUGUGAAAAUUGAUGUGUGGACUCACGCAGUCAGUAAGUGUCCCAUAUGGUUAUUUUGGCUAAUUUAUUUUGACUACACAAUUCACUCUAGGAUUUCAUGUAUUAUCUUUUAGUCGAAUCUCUCUUUUAAAACUGGAGUACUUGUCCGAAAAUUCAGAGGAGUGCUCGUCCUCGCCUGGUCACGUUAUCGUGCACCGUUCGACAUCUAUGAGAUCUGACACAGCGUCGGUUGUGGGGCAGAGUUGCUUUUAAUGCACUAACGGGUGGAGAACUUAGUGCCGUAAUGUCGUUUGGAUGGCCGUCUAGUGACCGGAGUUGCGUUUUGUACUGGCGACCCAGUUUGACGUGGGUUGCACUGGGGCUGUUUGGCCGGUCUGCAAAAUCAUUUCGAAAGCCCUGUUCCCACACAUCGCCACUGGACAUACUAUGCCUCUUGAAGUUACACGUUUAUUCAGCUAGCACAAUCCCAUAGUUACACAAAUUCAGUUCUCAGGUCUCACACCACACAGGAAAAUGUGAUACAACAAUUUUCUACAAAUCAUUAUACCCUAAUGAAAAAAGUCCAUUUUACUCCCCUGAACAAAGUGGGUGGUUCACUUUACCCCCUGAUCUAUAUUUUGGUUCCUUCCACACCCCAAACAAAACCAAACCGGACGAAAACCCCCCGGCUGGUUUGUCUCCAUUGGAUGCUGAUGUGGCACAGUCAAAGGGCGGUUUUGACCGCGGUGGGGCCUACUUGUCAGGUUGGACUGUUAUAGAGCUGCCGUUCCCCGUUGCGAUCUGGAUCAGAAAUCCCCCCCUUCCCAGUCCAAAUCCCUAACCCUAUUCUCCAUGGGCGGCGGCAGCGUGAGCUCCACCACCGUGUCGCCGGACGCCAUGAGCGCCGCCGGCGAUGGAGGCGCGGCCCUGGUCGUCGCAGUAGCCCAGGCGAGCCGUAGCUUGCUGGAGCGCCGGUUCCCGCAGGAGGUGUGGCGGCAGGGAGAGCCGGAGCUCCGUCGAGAGGCGAGCCAUGUCCUGAUCUCCCGCACUCCGGCCAUGGAUGCGCUGGAGCUGGGCUUCGGGAGGCACGUGCUUCUGGCAACUGCGGUCGGAGACGGCAAGCAGACAGUGACGCCGGCAGCCAUGCUGGCGAUCUUGCAGCAGCAUUGCGGGGUGGUGCCAUCCGAGGUGGUCGUCGAGUUCGCGUGCCCACCACACGACCUGUGGCUGACCUUCUCGACGGAGGAGAAGUGCUCUGAGGUGCUCCUUUCGUCAAUGAAGAUCAAGUGUUGCCGGCGUUGGAUUCAGUUUUCGCGUUGGUGCAGAAUGAUUCGAUCUCAGCCAGGUGCUCUGAAGUACAAGAGCAAGCUCGGCUUUGAAGGCCUCCCAAACCAGGCCUGGACGACGGCGUCCGUGAAAGAUGUUCUCAAGCAGCUGGGUGGCGAGCUGAUCGAGAUCCUGCCGUCGGCAAGCCGCCGCGAGCUUGAGGUCAUGGCAUGGCUUCGUGACCCUUCCUUUGUUGGCAAGGUGGUGACAGUGGAGAUACCUGAGCCGAAGCUGACAAACAAGCCACCCGAGUCCAUGGAUGAGUAUGAAGCAAUGCAAUUCGAAUUGGGUGAAUACGGACCGUCGUCGCCGAGGAAGAAGAACAGCUUACUGUAUCCUGUCAUUUGCCACAUGAAGGAGGUUGUUGAUCGUGGUCCUCUGCUUGCUGAAGGACUUCCUGAUGAGUGGCUGCCAGGAGAAGGCGAGGACCUGACUCGCAGGCAUAUCUUCAAGACUGUGCUGGGCAAGAUCGACGGCACUGACGGUGAUGAAGGAGUUUGAGUUUGUGUCAUGUUAUAUUUGGCACUUUGGCUUUCCACUUGGUUUGUUGUACUGUGUUAACAAUCUGUAGUGUUGUACUGUGUGUUCAGUUCUAUUUUAUGCUUGUUGUUGUGGUGAAGCAACUGUACUGCCAAAAUUGUCCCAAAUAUUUGUGUAAUGUGCUGGUACUAUGUUGUCUUGUGAAA